GGCCGCUGCCGCCUUUUCAAUCUCUGCGUCUCGCUGAGCGGGCGGAGUCUCCGCACUCAAAGAUGUCUACGCACUGGUUCCCCGACCGGUUUGGGGAAGUGGAAGUCUCUGGGGGCCGGACCUGCCCCAGCUCGUGACCCAGCGCCCUGCGGCCCGGAUACUGGUCCCUCGACCCUCGUCAGCUCCAUGGCCGCCUUGAGCCCGCUGCUGCUGGCCGCGCUGCUGUGGGUCCCUGCAGGGACCCUGACUUGCAUCGGGGACUCUGGCGGGCCAGUGGACUGGUUCGUUGUUUACAAGCUUCCGGCCCACAGCGGGCCCGGGGCGGCCGGGCAGACGGGUCUGCGGUACAAGUACUUGGACGCCAGUUCCGGGGGCUGGCAGGAGGGCGUGGACUCCAUCAGCAGCUCGCAGGGCGCGGUGGGUCGCACUCUACUGCCGCUGUACCGGAACAACGCCAGCCAGCUCGCCUUCUUGCUCUACAAUGACCAACCUCCUAAUUCCACAGCGGAUGAGGCCGUUUCCAGCCGGGGGCACACGAAGGGGGUGGUACUCCUGGAUCAACAAGGGGGCUUGUGGCUGAUACACAGCGUGCCGCGAUUUCCUCCGCCUGCCUCCUCUGGCGCCUACCACUGGCCCCCCAACGCCCGAACCUACGGGCAGAUGCUACUCUGCGUGUCUUUUCCCCUGGGCCAGUUUGUGGCGAUUGGCAGACAGCUGACCUACACUUACCCCCUGGUGUAUGACAAGCAGCUGGAAGGACCCUUCGCUGAGAAAUUCCCGGACCUGGUAGAGGUGAUAAAGGGCCACCAUGUUCGCCAGGGGCCCUGGAACAGCACUGUGACACUCACGUCCCAGGCUGGGGCCACCUUCCAGAGUUUUGCCAAGUUUGGAAAGUUUGGAGAUGACCUGUACUCUGGCUGGCUGGCAGAAGCCCUGGGCAGCGACCUGCAGGUGCAAUUCUGGCCCAAUUCCCAUGGCAUACUGCCCUCCAACUGCUCUGGGGCCUACCAUGUGCUGGAUGUGACCCAGACCGCCUUCCCUGGCCCCGCCGGGCCCAGCUUCAGUGCCACAGAGGACCACUCCAAGUGGUGUGUGGCCCCCAAAGGACCCUGGGCCUGUGUGGGCGACAUGAAUCGGAACCUUGGGGAAGAGCACCGGGGUGGGGGCAUCCUGUGUGCCCAGCUGCCCGCUCUCUGGAAGGCCUUCCAGCCGCUGGUGAAGACCUGGGAGCCCUGUCAGGGUGGUUGGCCUUCUCACCUGUGGGCAGCACCAACUGUGACUCAGUCUGCUCAUCUGUGAAAUGGGCAGCAGGGUGGUGCUGAAGAGAUAGUGUAGUGGAUAGGGUGUGUAUCUUGCACUCAGUCCACCCGGGAUUGAUAACUGGCGUCCCAUAUAAUUUCCUGAGCACUGACUGGAGUAAUUCCUGAGAGCAGAGCCAGGAGUAACAGGAGUAAGUUUUGAGCUCUGCCGGGUGAGGCCCCCAAACCAAAACCAAAGAAAACAAAACAUUAUCAUUAAAAAAAAAAAAUGGAGAGGGAGCAGACUAGCUACCUCUGAUUAC